ACACGCUCUACCUUCGCCAGGCGCCUGACCUGCCGGCCGACGGCGAGAUGCCGGAGAACUGCCGGGAUGCGUUCUUUGACUACGCCAGGCACACCAAGCGUUUGCUUGGCACAUUGUACAGGUUGCUGUCGGAGGCUCUUGGGCUUGGCCCGACCUACCGAACUGACAUAGACUGCAACAAAGGGCAGAUGAUAUUGUUCCACUACUAUCCUCCAUGCCCUGAGCCCGAUCUCGCCAUCGGGACAACCAGGCAUUCCGACACCGGCUUCCUCACCGUGCUCCUUCAGGAUGACAUCGGUGGCCUGCAGGUCCUCCACGACGAUCAGUGGAUUGACGUCCCGCCGACGCCAGGAGCGUUCAUAGUGAACGUCGGUGAUCUCAUGCAGAUGAUGUCGAACGACAAGUUCAAAAGCGCCGAGCACAGGGUGGUGGCGAAGAAGGCUGGACCGAGGGUCUCGAUGGCGUGCUUUACCAGCCAUUAAGAUUCGACAAGGAUGUAUGGCCCUAUCAGGGAGCUGCUGUCUGAUGAGAAUUCCCCGUUGUACAGGGAAACACUCGCAAAAUAUUACAUCAGGUCAGCCGGACGCUCACACAUCACUCGUGGCAGCCGAGCAGAUAAGAAGAGCCGGCGGCUACACGCCCAGUCGCCCCACCAACCUGUUCCGUGCCACAUCGAUCAAACAAGAACAAGAGCCGAAGUGCCGAACGCACUCGCUGUCCCCCGUCCCGGCCCUGCCGCCGGCCGCAACCAACGCCGCGACACGCGUAACCAUGUCGUCCGCCCCGGCCCCCUCUCCCGCCACCAGCGCCGCCGUCCCCUACGACCGCCUGGCUGAGCUCCGCGCGCUGGACGCGAGCUUCGCGGGCGUUCGUGGCCUCGUCGCGUCCGGCGCCACGAGCGUCCCACGCAUCUUCCGCGUUCCGAACCCCGAACAGCCGCCGCCACAACAGCCCGGCGCUCCCCACCACCACCAGCCGACCUGCAUCCCGACGAUCGACCUCAGCGCGGCGGACCACGACGCGCUGGUGGCGGCCGUGCGGCGCGCCGCGGCGGAGUGGGGGCUCUUCCUGGUGACGGGCCACGGCGUGCCCGCGGAGGUGGCCGCCGCGGCCCUGGGCGCAGCGCGGGCGUUCCACGACGCCGACGGCGGGGAGGGCAGCGAGAAGGCGCGGCUCUACACACGGGACCCGGCCAAGGCGGUCAAGUACAACUGCAACUUCGACUUGUACGAGUCACCUGUGGCCAACUGGCGCGACACGCUCUACCUUCGCCUGGCGCCUGACCCGCCGGCCGACGGCGAGAUGCCGGAGAACUGCCGGGAUGCGUUCUUUGACUACGCCAGGCACACCAAGCGUUUGCUUGGCACAUUGUACAGGUUGCUGUCGGAGGCUCUUGGGCUUGGCCCGACCUACCUAACUGACAUAGACUGCAACAAAGGGCAGAUGAUAUUGUUCCACUACUAUCCUCCAUGCCCUGAGCCCGAUCUCGCCAUCGGGACAACCAGGCAUUCCGACACCGGCUUCCUCACCGUGCUCCUUCAGGAUGACAUCGGUGGCCUGCAGGUCCUCCACGACGAUCAGUGGAUUGACGUCCCGCCGACGCCAGGAGCGUUCAUAGUGAACGUCGGUGAUCUCAUGCAGAUGAUGUCGAACGACAAGUUCAAAAGCGCCGAGCACAGGGUGGUGGCGAAGAAGGCUGGACCGAGGGUCUCGAUCGCGUGCUUUACCAGCCAUUCAGAUUCGACAAGGAUGUAUGGCCCUAUCAAGGAGCUGCUGUCUGAUGAGAAUCCCCCGUUGUACAGGGAAACACUCGCGAAAGAUUACAUAGCGCAUUACUACACGGUUGGGUUGGGUCGCAAGGCGGCUAUUUACGAUUUCCGGCUCUGAAUUCAGACUGGAAUUAUAUAUCAUGUGCAAUGCAUCAAUUAAGAAGGCAUUGGAGAUUGUAUGGUAUAUACUCAUAUGCAAACAAAAUAGGAGAAACAAAUGAAAUGGAGCAAUAAAGAAUGCUGGUAAACUGGAGGUUGUCGUUCUUACCGUCGUGCUCCAUGUUUAAUAAUGACCAUUUACUUUCA